AUGGAUGUGGGCACCUUUGGAUCAACCUGUUCGCCGGCCUCAGCUCAAUACAUCAAAAAUCUUAACGCAAAAGAAUCCGCCGAAGAAUACCCGCGUGCCGCGGCAGCUAUCAUCGACAGACACUACGUCGACGACUACUUGGACAGCUUCGAGACCAUUCAAGAGGCGAUCGACGUAGUGAAUGAGGUCAAACUGGUCCUGCAAGGAAUCGGCGAGAUUGCUGAAGAAGAAUUCAAAAGUUUGGACCUGGAACGAGGUGAGAAAACUGAGUCGGUAUUGGGCAUGAAAUGGAUCCCGCGAGACGAUCUAUUUGUCUACACUUUCGUAGACAGGGAAGAUCUGCAACAGAUUCUACGCCAAGAUCAUGUUCCCUCGAAACGUGAGGUUGCCAGACUAGUCAUGAGCCUGUUCGACCCACUUGGCUUCAUUGCAUUUUACCUCGUCAUCGGUAAAAUGCUCAUUCAGGAGCUCUGGUCCAAAGGGACAGGAUGGGACCAACGAAUACCACAAGAUAUUAACGAACGCUGGCGACUGUGGGCAGAUCAGCUUCAUAAUCUCGACUCGAUACGUAUACCACGCUGCUACUUCUCCUCGUCUCUUCAGAACGGCUUCGAACAUCUACAAAUCCAUCUAUUCGUCGACGCGAGCGAAACCGCUUAUGCCUGCGUAGUAUACUUCCGCUUGAAGACGGCAACCGGCGUGCAAAUCGCACUAGCAGGAGCGAAAACCAAAGUAGCCCCCCUAAAAGCUCUGUCAAUCCCUCGACUCGAGCUCAAGGUGGCCGUUUUAGGUGCUCGUCUAAUGGAGACCAUACAGGCAUAUCACACGUUCCCAUUCGAACGCCGCUUCUGCUGGAGUGAUGCAAACACUGUGCUCGCGUGGAUCCACUCCACCGAUCAUCGUCGGUACCACAAGUUCGUGGCUAUUCGGGUUGGCGAACUUCUAACAACCACACUGCAGUCAGAGUGGCGAUGGGUACCAUCAAAAAUGAACACCGCGGACAUAGCCACCAAGUGGCAUCACGGCUCACAGUUAACGAUGGCCAAUGCUUGGUUUCAAGGUCCGAGCUUUCUCUAUGAGCCCGAAGAAAGGUGGCCAAAUAAAAAAACGAACCCUUCGACUGAAGAAGAGCUGCGACACCCUCACAAUCACCUUACUCAUUUCAUCACCAAAAUUACGUUCGACAAAUUCAAUUUAUGGACGAAACUGCAGCGUGUAACAGCGUACGUACUACGAUAUAUCGACAAUCUUCGUAAACGGAAAAACGGCGAGAACCUGGAACUCAGCAAUCUUACCAGCGACGAGCUCCGGCGAGCCGAAGAAACACUCGUGAAGACUACUCAAGGUGAAUUCUAUGCGGACGAAAUCAACACUCUCUACAAAACUCGAGGCUCGCCCAAUGAACGCCAUCCCUCCGUGAACAAAUCCAGUACUAUAUACACUAGGAGCCCAUUUAUGGAUGAGAAAGGGGUCAUCCGGUGUCGCGGCCGUAUCGGUGCUGCACCAUAUGCACCGAUGGAAGCUAAGUUCCCAAUCAUCCUUCCUAGACAACAUCAAAUAACCUUCCUCAUUGUAGACUGGUACCACCGCCGCUUUCGCCACGCCAAUCGAGAGACCAUUUUCAACGAGAUUCGUCAACGUUUCGAGAUAGCUGCUCUCAGACGUCUACUAGAUACGCGCGUCCAACGCGCGUGUCUACACUGCCGCAUAGCGAAAGCAAAUCCAAGUCCACCAGCGAUGGCACCUCUUCCCGAGACCCGUUUGACUGCUUUCCUGCAUCCGUUUACUUUCACCGGAUUGGACUACUUUGGACCAUUAAUUGUAAGAGUAGGCAGAAGCAACGUGAAACGAUGGGUGGCUCUCUUUACGUGCCUCACCAUCCGAGCAGUCCAUAUGGAGGUAAUAUACUCGUUAACUACCGAGUCAUGUAUCAUGGCGGUACAACGCUUCGUGGCACGCAGAGGGAAGCCUAGGGAAAUUUGGACCGACAACGCCACCUGCUUUCACGGUACACAUAACGAGAUGAAGGCGCAUCAGAAAGCAUUGAACAUUGCAUUGGCGGAAAAAUUCACUACCGCUGAGACAACCUGGAAAUUUAUCCCGCCAGCGUCUCCACACAUGGGCGGCGCGUGGGAAAGGCUCGUUCGCUCGGUGAAAGUCGCAUUAGGAGCAAUCUUGGAAAGCCUACGUAGGCCAGACGACGAGACAUUGGAGACAAUUCUGUUAGAAGCGGAGGGCAUGAUUAACGCCAGACCACUCACUUACGUUCCUCUGGAGUCAGCGGAUCAGGAGGCUAUAACGCCAAACCACUUUUUGUUGGGUAACUCAUCAGGUACAAAAUUUUUACCAACUGAACCGCUAGACGACCGCGUAGCGCUCCGAAGCAGCUGGAAAAUGGCUAGAUGCAUUGCCGAUGAUUUCUGGCGAAGAUGGCUCAAAGAGUACCUUCCGACAAUUACUAGAAGAGGCAAGUGGUUCGAAGAUGUAAGGGACGUGAAGAUUGGUGACCUGGUACUAGUAGUUGGCGGAACGGGGCGGAACCAGUGGAUAAGAGGUCGGAUCGAAGAAGUUUUUCCAGGGCGCGAUGGCAGAGUACGACAGGCGUUGGUACGAACGUCUUCGGGAAUCUUGCGUAGGCCAGCUGUGAAGUUGGCUGUACUGGACGUCGAGGAACAGAGUAAACCCGGUUCCAGUGAUCCAGAAACCUCUUACUCUCACCAAGGUUUACGGGUGGGGGUAUGUCACGACGGGACUCCUCAACACAGUACCACUGUUGAUAUCGGUACCAGCGACAGCCCUAUUUCGCUCAUCCAAAGGGAACACGCUUGCCAGAAACCGCCUGCUAGAAACUGUACAUAA